GCGCGCGGGAGGGUUCGUGGUGGUUGGUGCCGCGCUACGAUCGGCCGCCGUCGCAAUGAUGCGUCGUACAAGUCUCCUGUCGAAAUGCAGCGAACAGCCGUAGGAACAGCGGCGUGCUGGUAGUAUACGUCACAGUGAAGGGCCAUCGUCUCUUACGCAUCCCGGAAUUCACUCACUCGGAAAGGGACGUCGCACGGAAAACGAACCCGCGCCAAUAGCGGCGGCGGCGUUUGUUGAUCGACCGGACCUGCAUGCGCGCUCUGCUAGUUCUCGUCCGACACAAGCGGUCUAUGCGCUCUUGCGGAACAGCGGCCUCGGUAGAGCCGGCCCAAGCCGCGUCGUAGCCUAGACGUGCUGUGGUGUGAGUGACCCCCGUGAUGGGCGGUCUGAUCGGAGGCUGAACCGGCUCGACGUGCCCAAGAGUAGCUCGGCCACCUAACCUUGGAGGAAAGACAGUCUCGUACCCAAACGUGCUGGUUCACUCCACUGUCUCACCAGCAUCGCUGGUGCGAACGGGCUCUACCUCGACUGCUGCUUCUAGUCACAGAUCGAGCAUGGAGACGCCCAUGACGGUUGAAACACCAUCUGAAGAUUUAAAGAAAGCAUUGGAAUGGGAACUAGGACUGGACAGUCGUGACUUGCGCAGCCAUGCCUGGUACCAUGGCACCAUCCCGAGGCAGCGCGCUGAGGAACUCAUGACGGUUGACGGCGGCUUCCUAGUGAGGGAUUGUGUUUCGCGGCCUGGAGACUAUGUGCUCACAUGCUGCUGGAAGGGUGCACCACUCCACUUCGUCAUCAACAAGGUGGUCUUGCAACCAUUCACCGUGUAUGAGCGCGUCCAGUACCAGUUUGAGGAUGACUGUUUUGACACGGUGCCUGACCUUGUAACCUUCUAUGUUGGAAACAAGCGGCCAAUUUCAGCUGCUUCCGGUGCUGUGGUGUCAAGGCCAGUGAAUAGGAGCAUGCCACUUUCCUACUAUGCGCAGCGCUAUGGCAUUGAAGGUUCUAAAGCUGUAGAGCCACCCCAGCACAGGGCUCUUGAUGCCAUAGCUAUGGUACCUGCACCUUCCAAUGGGCUGUCUACUGAACCCCACCUACUACAGAAAUCGCACUCCUCGGGCCAUACAAAUGCUGGACAGAUGCCAUCAUGUGCAACAUUGCCCUGUAGGGACAACUCUGGGAACCACAGGAGAGGCUUCAUUCGUGUGGGCAGUGAUCCACUGCUCAGUCCAACCCUGGAACGAAGGACCUUAGAACACAGGCCACUUUCUGGCACAGUCAGCUCAGAGGCUGCUCAGAGAAACCUUGAAGGAAGUUCAGAAGAUCAGCCACCACCUAAGCCUAGCCGAGUCCCCUCGAAACGGUUGCAACAGAAGCCAGCAGUUGCCAAGAGAGACCCUGUUCCAGUGACACAGUAUGUCAACAACUGUGAAGGUGUCUAUUCUGAGCUUGCUGACAAUGGCAGUUCUUGCCACGUUGCUGAAGCAGGUGACCCCGCAACCCGGCCAAGUGAUAUGAAGCGACAUGGAUUGCCAGCAUUGUCACACCGAACCCACAUUCGGACUGGUAUUGCUGGUACGAUGCAGAUGUCAACUGGCCAAUGUUCGGAGGUAGCGGCUUGCAACCGUGUGGUGACUGUGCCUGAAAUUGACCCACCAUCAACAUUCGACUUAGUGACAUUUGCAACAACGCUGCUUCCGUCUGAUAAUAAGCCACUUGACAAGAGCGUUAUGGCACGUGUGCGUGGUGUCCUUCUGGAAAGUGGGCCUCGUGCCUUGGCUAACCAUCUUACUCGUCUCGACUUGGAUAUGUUGGGACUUAAAGGAGAAAGGGACCUAGGACUUGGUGUUUCAGUGGGUUUGGAACUCCUGGCUUUACCCCAGGGAUCGAGAUUCAGAAAGGACCUUCUGGAACGGACUGAGUGCCUAAAACUCUUUGUUGCAUCCACGCUCUUGAUGUGUGCCGAUGAUGUGGAGCGUGUAGAGCUGCUCAACAAGUGGAUUCAGGUGGCUGGUGACACAAAGACAGCUUUAGGCAACCUCUAUGGUUUCACAGGAAUCAUGCAAGGACUUGCCAUGUCACAGAUCUCUAGGCUGAAGACCACAUGGCUGGCAUUGCGCCAACGACAUACAGACACGGCGCUUGCCUACGAGACUAAACUGCGGCCAGCCCUGAAGAAUAUGCAGGAAUGUAGCAACCCUCAAGCACCCAACACAUGUCUGCCCUACCUACUUUCUAUAUUACUCAUCCUGGAGCAUAGCUUUGAAGGCCUGCUCGUAAAUUCAUCUACAGCAUCUUCCCAACGCAAGGACGUUAGUUCAGAGCUGCUUCUGCUUCCUUGGGAGAACUCAACGGCUGAUUAUGGCCUGCAGUUGUUGCUUUCACACCUGGAACAACAGCGACUGGUGACUCAACAGCUUCCGACAUACCGGCGAAACGGCGAGAUUGUGUUUGAGAAUGUCAAGUUAGAUGAUAUUAUGCUGGACCUCUUUAGGACUGAGUUUCAUUUGCUAUUUCUGUGGGGUGCACGCGGUGCCUCUGUGGCAUCCUGUGAAAGACAUGCCAAGUUGACACAAGUGUUAGCAGCCAUGUCGGUUCGAUGUGAAUCGAUUGGCACACCUGUGUGAUGUUAAAGGUGAGUGGGUGAUGUAUGCUUGAGCCCAGUGAACAGGUGGCAUGAACUAAAUGAACAAGAAUGGCCAGUCUUUUUUUUUAUGACAGCAGGGAAUGUAAACUUAUCAAAACACAAAAGAAUUCUUAGUGUUGAACACAGAUUACAAAUAGUGAUAAGAUCACCAGUUGCCAAUGCACAGAAUUGAAAGCUUGUGCAUUCAAGAUAAGUUCAUUACAGUAAUGUGUAUUAUUGAUUUCUGGGGCAUCAGCUGUAGUGAUGCAAUACCCUGAAUGCCAUUUUCUGCUCUACUGCAUGCUGUCCCCCUGAGAGGCAUCACACAUGCAACAGGUUCAUAUCUUAUAGGCGGGGGACAGACAUAUCUUACUAGAUGCUUCACAAUAAGACUUAGCAGUUGAAAGUGCUUGUUCACUGAUGCGAGUAUGUGAUACAAUACAUGAAAGUGCUGCUAUUACUAAAUGAGAAGUAUAAAAAACAAUAUACAUCACACACAUGACACUUUCUUUUGCAAUGCGCUGCAAUUUUUAAUGCUAAAUAUAUAAGUAGCAUAGAGUAGCAUAAGUAGCAUAGAGUAGCUUACAAAGAACAUUACUUCUGAAGUGGAGCAGUGGUUUUAAAAAUAAAUUUUGAAGUGGUUCCCAUUCUGCUGAUAACGUGCUUCUUCCUUUAGAAGGUGUUCGCAUGAGUAUUAACAAGCUUUUGGAAAUCUUACGACAUGCAAACACUUCACGUAGUCAUUCUGUGUGCGUCAUAGUGGUUUGAAAAAUUUUAAAAUAAGAAUAUAGUAGAAGUCGCUUUGCAUAUAUGCAAGCAAUCCCAGAGAGAAAUCGCUUAAGAAUCCUUAAGGAAUCUGAUUGAUGUGUGGGGUUUAACCUUGAAGGUAUCUGUUUCAAAUAAACUUGUACUAUAAUAAAAGGCUCAAUCAAAAGGGCCCUGGAAUAUUUUGCUAAGCAAAGGGACAUUUUAAACAUAAGCAUCACUUAGCUCUAUCCAGAUAAAACUUUGGAAGUAAUUUGACCCUUACUGCUUACUCACCAAGCAGAUCUCGAGAGCACUGUGACUAUGUCCAUGACCUUGUCAAUGUGCUUUACAUUAAAGCAAUAGUUUCAUGAUUGGGCCUCCCUGAAACUUCCUGCGAAAUAUCUGCAAUAAUAAUAAUAAUAUUUGGAGUCUAACGUGCCAAAACCAUAUGAUUAUGAGACAUGCAGGAGCAUAGGGUUUUGGAAAUUUCAAUCAUUUGGUGUCCUUUAACAAGACAUCUGAAACAGAACUUGUGUGACCAGCAGAACACAUGCACACACACACUCUUAGUCAGCCAAAAGCAGUUUCUCAGGUAUGCUCUAAUUUGUGACAUUACAGUGUAGCUACUCAAGAUUUUCAAUAUUCCCUUCAUCCCUUGCCCUUUCUGCACAGUAUGCCACUCUUGUUCUGUAAGGCUUGUUCAUUUAACACAUCAUUGGAGUCUUGAAAAGGGUGCUUUGGUAGGUAGUGCUCUGUGCAGCUUGUGAAGGCCACCGGGGUGCAAUAGGCAUUCUUUAAGCAUCAGUUCAUAAACAUAAGCCAACACAGGAUGUUCGAUUUUUAUUUAAGCUACAGUUAAUAGUGGAGACUUAGAUGCAUACAAGUAAUAUGCAUCAAACAUACUAAACUGCCAAAUUCAUAAUGUUUGUCAUAGUUCCCAGGCCACCAUCUGUGUUUGUGAAUGUGUGCACAAGUGUAUCGUAAGCAGUUUGUUUGGGCACUGCCGUGAGAUUAUUGUCUUCCACAGCAUUUGUAUGUGGCAAAAUUACAAAGAAAUGUCCUGAUCUUUGGAAGCUUUGAAAUGCCAGGAAUGUAUUGGAAACUUAGCUGCAUGAUCCAGUAGCAAGGCUGGUCACAAAUGUAGCAACUGCAGCAUUGAUAUAAACUAGUGUAGACCAUGCCAAUGGUUUAGUUAGCUUUAAAAUUUUUUGAGACCGUAGUGAAGUGCACUUUUAUUGACUAAAAGUACGAGUGGCUUUUUUCUCUCUCUAGAUACACAGUAGGUAAUCUGCUGCAAUUCGAGCGCUUAUCAGUAAUCUGCAGUUGCGGUUACUGUUAUGCGACUAAGACCAUAUCUCAUUGCGCUAUGACGAGCACACUGUAUUCGUGAACCGACAUUGUUGCAAAAAGUGAAUGUGCUUGGCAGCCCACAAAAUACACCAAAACAGAACUGUAAUGACACCUCAUUAAAGUUUGCUACAACUUUUCGUGAGCACAUGAAUUUUGAGCACACUUUUCCUGUGCAGUUAUUGAUUUAAUGACAUAGAAGGGAUUAACUGUAUUUUACACUGCAAGGUGCGAAAUUUUUUUCUGGUGCUCAAAUGGACAAAUUGAGUAAAAUAGCUUGAAGUUCAUAUUACUGUAAUGAAUUAAUCAUAUAUUCAUACUGCAUCAGGAUGCACUUCAGUGUUCAUUUUCUCCACUAUAAGUGAAGAAAAUGACCCAAACUGGUUUAGAGCUUCUUUUCAGUAUCUCUUCCAAAAAAAAUUUACUGGGGUAAAUGCAAAUAUAAAGUGCAAUCAAUGUAUGUACCUCCACUGGAUGUUUUCAUUUGCUUGUAUGAAAAUUCUCGGCACUCUUCCGUUGAGUAGUAACAAACCAGUUCCUAUCAUGUGCCAACACAUAGUUUUUACGUAUUUUAAAUGAAAAGGUCGAAAGUUAUAUGCAGUGCUGAAUGUGCUGAAGGUGAAGUUUCUAGUACAGGAUAUUACUAUUAGCAUGUUUAUAUAUUUUCCUCCCCUUCCAUAAAAAAUGCUUGCAUAAAAUGCACUUACUAACAAUUAUAAAUGCAUAACAUAGAAUAUUUUAUGUACAAUGGACUCUUAGUUAAAUGGAACUUGAAGGGACCAGGAAACCAUGUUGCAUUUAGCAGGAGUUUACGAGAUGAACAGGGGUGCAGAAUUCAAGUAUGAAACCUUAUACAAGAGGCAGUUCCAUUUAAGCAAUUAAGAGAUCUUCAUUUACCGAGUAUAGUGUGUUUUAUUUAUUAAAAAUUAAGUCAUUUAAAACCAAAAUGAGUAGUGUGGCUAGAAAAGCUGGCCAGUUUGGGACAGUUUAUACACAGAAGUUAUGUUUUCAUAAUGAGGGUUAAAGAUGUAUGACACGCACUCUACUAAAUGAGGUUACAGUUAAAAAAAUUUUUUUAAUGAACUCAUUAAAUCUUAUCACAUUUAUUCACACCUUAGCAAACUUUAUUCGUAUCCAUUAAAAUUAUUGGGUCCAAAUCUUGUCAAUACAAGUGGUGGCAAUGAUGCAUGUCAAAUAACACUUAAAGUUUCAAUAAUUUACUGAUUAAUUUUAGAAUACAAAGGUUUGAUUUUAUGCAAAAAUUUGUAAAUGCACCCCCUGUUUGUUGCAGAAUAGCAUAAUUUCGUAUUGUACAGCUUAUUGAGCGAGCGUUGUAUAAAGAAUGAAUACUGAAAAAUAGUAUACCAUGUAUAUGCUUUUUUUUUCCGUAUAAGCAAAGUCACAUGAGAGUACAGCUACUUUAUGACGGAGAACAUGAAACCUUGUAUGUACUGUAGAAGACGCCAAGAAAGUGUGAUGUUUUAGGUGUCAAGUUGUGUGAUUUUCACCUGUUCUAGUCACAAAUUUGUAAUGUGUCAUGUGAUUAAAAGCACUGUGUUUCAGACAA